AUGGAGAAUACUGAGGAGAAGAAUAAUGAAAAUAUUGAAAUUUCUACAUCAAUAAAUGAUAAUCUUGAUAUUCCCUUACUAAUAAAAAAACAAUUAAAUUUAAGAUAUCUAAGAUGUAAAAACAAAGAUUUAAGUAAGAAGCAUGCCGAUGUAAAAAAAAUUCUUGAAGAAAAAGAAAAAACUUUUAGUAUAAAAGAAAAAAUAUAUAACGAAAAUAGAGAGAAGCUAAUAAAAGAAUAUCAGCAAGCCAUGAAAGAUAAUUAUGAAAGACAAAUAAUUUUAGAGGAAAAAAUUAAAAAUACAGAAAAAAAAAUAAAGCUAUUUGAUUUAGAAAUUAAAAAGUAUAAAGUAACUAUUGGGAGUAUGCGUGAACGUAUAAAAAAAGCGAGCUGCGAUACACAAGAAAAAGAAAAGUGUCUUAGUUUUUUAAGUAAGUUUAAAGAUAAUUCAGCUGAAUUUGUUCAGCUAGAUAUGUUUGACAGAUUAGAAACCAUAUUUAGCUCAAGAGAAUUCAUAAAAAAAAAAAAGGAAAAAUUAAAAGCAAAAAUAAAUAUUAUAAAGGAUAAGAUAAAGGAUAUUGAAGAAAAUUAUAAUUUGACAUUAAUGAAUAAGGAGUUAGAAUAUAAGAAUCUAGUACAAGAAUCUGAAGUUGUCAAAGAAAAAGAAAAAAAAAUUGAAGAACAGUUAAAAGAGAAUAUAAAUGAGCAUAAUAAAAAAGCAUUAUUAUUAAACAAAAUAAUUUCAUGUAUUGAUAAUUUUUUAAGUCGUUUUUCUUCAUUCCUUCCUGAAUUAAGACAUUAUAACAUUAAAAAAAAUGAAGAAAAAAUAAAUUUAGAAAAAAAAAAUAAAACCCAGGAUAUAAUGGACGAUACACAUUUCCUUGAUAUAGAGGAUUUUAAUGAUUUAGAAAAAGAAAUUCUUAAAAAAUUAGAUUUAAUCUACAAAUAUAUAAAGGAUACAAUAUAUAUAAUUAAUAAAGCAAAAAAAGAAAUAUCAUUAAAAGAUGAUAAUCACAUGGAAUCAAUAAAAAACAAUUUAGAUGAAAAUAUUGAAUUUUUUACAUACAAUGGUAAUGCUAAAGGAAAGAAUAACUAA